AUAUGAUUCGAUUGGAGCAUGACCACAACGCGAUAAAAGAGUUAUAGUAAAGUAGCUCGUAACUUUUUUACGUAAGUCAACUUAAAACGUAAGAUAUGUCCAAAAUAAAGUAUAGGACAAAGAAUUACGGACUUUCAUAUUUAGAUUGUUUACUCUUCGAGAUGUUCUUGGGCCAACUUCUGGAGCAUGACCACAACGCGGUCUUGUUCGAGGAGGACGGCCACAACUCGGCGUCUCUCGAAUACCACGCAUUUCCAAGAAAGCGGCGUAAAGUCUCGUGCGAUCAUACACGAAGUCGUGAGACUGCUGGUUUUGAUUUGUUGACCGACAAAAUAAAUGGGAGAAGCACUUCGACAUGGAGGAUCAAAAGAAGUCCGAGGACAACUUUCAUCCUGUCUGAGAUAGGAGCUUUAUCGGAGUUCGACCCUUUGACUGUUGCUUCUCCAGAGAAUUUCGCGCCUCCACCAUCAACGUCUGGCACGGCACAGAGUGUUGCAUCAUCAAAAGCCAUUGCUCCAACGCAAGCAAACUAUGGCUUUCUAUCCGACCUGUUACCGGAGACGAUUGCUGGUCCUGUCAGAGCAGCACUGACUGCUGCUGGAACGUCAAUGGCGAGCCCGCUGGACGCUGGGUUGAAAGGCGUAGAUGACCUAAAGAAUGCGGUGACAAACUCAGUACAUAUCGCCACUCGCGGCAAGCUGUCGGAUGUAGCAAGUGAUGCGGAAGUUGGUGCUGUAAUCGCAAAAAUGCAUGUUAAGGAUUCUAUAGAAUGGUUUUGUAGAUGAUUGUGAUUCAUUUACUUAUGGAAUUGAGACGUGGUCUAUACCUAUGGAUACUGGUCAUUGGUUUGCUUCAAGUUUCUAGGAUAUAGGGACUCUUCUCCUCUAAGCACAGCGACCAACUAGCUGCGAGCAUAACGAAAAGUACCGCAGGAAAGGGGGUCUUUGGAGGAGGCAAACAAAUAGGCGAAAAUCUUUCCAAAGGACUCUUCGAUCUGGACACGAAAUUGAAGUUAAGACUCAUGUAACAAGCCAGAUUGUUCGGAGGUUGUUCGUAGUCCCUAUUCGCAACAACUGAUGUAACAAGGCAAGGUACGCAAAUGAGUUAGAGCAGGACUUCCACUGCUGUGAUGUGAUAAGGGGGAACACACAGAGGGAUUACCCAGGCAAAAGACUCAUCUCUGCAUCACAGGAACAUCCUCCCUCGUCUCUUCUAAUGCUAGAAAUGCACGAAUUGAAGAGUAUUUUCGAUCCUGCCGGUCCUCGUUUCUCGCACAAGCUGGUUCCGAGGGAUGAGUUGAAGCGGCUACAGAAUGUCCUGCCAUUCUGGAGGAGUCCAUGGCAAACGAUGCUUGGAACUAAACCGGUCAUGGCGUAUGAUAUCACGUUAAGGCCUCAUUUUCUUCUGGAGAGAUCUUGACGUCCUUACAAGAAGUGCUCAUAGUGACAUAAAAUUAUAAGAACAUUCAUCGUAAGUGAAGAUAAAAGAAGAUUCGUAAGCGCGUUGUGGUAUUGUUGCUCUGUCCACGUAGUAGCAAGUAGUAGUACCUAACGUUUUUACCAGUGGGUGCUGUUUUCCUCAAAUUUUAGGAAAUUGCAUCCAUCGUUCCUGUUGCAGGUCGGGAAAACACAAGUCUGUUCUUCACCUUAGAAUUACAAACUCCCACCUUUCUAAUCCCCUUCAAGUCCUUUGUCCGCUUAGUCGGGUACUCCCACCUUUCUAAUCCCCUUCAAGUCCUUUGUCCGUUUAGUCGGAUCUGCUAUCGCCUCUGCGAAGGAUACCUUGAAGAUGAUUCAGGACUUGAUUCAGUCCGGAAGUGAGGUCAUCAAGAACGUUCAGUUGGCGUUCAAAACGUUGCUGGCCUUCAUGGACCAGAUGGCCAAUUUGCCCGACUUCUUUGGCAAACUCUUCGAGAUCAUCAAGGGGUUUUUCGAUGCGAUUUUGGAGAUUGUCAAGCUAUGAAGAAGAACUCACAGAUUGUGAAUUAAUAUCCUCAGAUAUCUUCACUACUGCGAUCCCACUCUUGGCUUUCCUAGCAUGAUCAACGCAACUUCCACCUCACCCUUCCCACUUCUAACUCCUCUCUCGACACCAAUGGCGCUCUUUUCCUUGGUUCAGAUGCUGAAGGGGGCGACAGGAUUGUUGAGGCUUCUGGAGACUACGAAAUAUCCUAUGGAUGUUUUUAUUCCUGCAGCCCCACAGCGUAUUCCUUUGGACGACGUGGAAUGGAUGGCCAAAAGGAAAAAGUAUCCGAUGAAUGGCAGAGUUCUAACCGAUAUUGGAGCACGAGGUAUUUUUACCUAAAGUUGCACUUCUUACGAGUUUAUGUUGAGUUUGUGUCUGUUUUGUAUUCUGGAUUAGUCGAAUGAACAAGGUGUCGAAAGUAAAAAUGCAUUUGCUGGAGUUUGACUCGUUGUUGUGAUAGUGAUAGAGGUGACUGGUUGUUGGUAUAUACUGGUUUUGAUUGAGAAAGUUGAGAAAGUGUUUUCUUGAAUUUUGGAAAUAAUUGCAUUUUGAGUUUCAAUUUCUUAAGUUGAAUCCAAAAAAUUUCAGUUAUAUCCAAUUUUAAUCAAAUUCAAAUCCAUUCUAGAGAUGAUAAUCAAAGCAAUCGACUUGUCAAAAAUUAUAGGAUUGAAAACUUAUGAAGUUGAAAAGGCUGAAACCAAAGAUUGCUGAUUUUAUCUACUUUUAAUUCAAUUUAAAUCCUGACGAGCGAUUCAUACACGAUAUCAAUUAGAUCCUGAUCUACGCUACGUCUUUUUCUAAACAACUUCUACUAUAUGCGAAUCCAGUAGAUAUCACUCCGAGAUUCAACCACUGAAACCCAUCUCAAAAAACCAUCCACAUAAGCUACAAUAUGCAGUCCUGUAGUACCUAAAACCCCUCUGUCUGGGAAGUGGGAUCUACUUCAUUGCAUCCCAGCAUAGAACCAUGACGGGGAUGAUCCCAGAUACUAGUCAUAUCUGGGAUUAGCCAUGUCACUUCACCUUGAUCAAACCACUUAAACCCCAAGCCAACACCAGGUGGCAACGUCCUAGACGAUCCACGGCCAGCUAGUGUGAUUCUUCGCAGAGCACAGUUGGACGCUGACCAAGCAGAAAGAAGCUUUCGGAGAGCGGAUAUAUUUUCGCGCAGAGCAGACUUUUUCGCUCAGCAAGCUAAGCAUGCUGCAGAUGCAGCUACGCGUUUAGCCGCGAGGACGAGGAGAAUAGAAAUGAGCUUUUUGUGA